UUUUGGCUCACUCAAGUUUUUGGGUGACUUAAUUCUCUAUUCCCCCCCCACCCCACCCCACCCUGGGUGUCCCUCCCUCCCUCUGACUGCUGCUGGUCAGCAAGUCCAGCCCAUUCCCACCCACCUCCCCAAGAAGAAACUUCCCACAGAUGGGAGCAGCUGGAGCAUCUGGAAGAGAAGAACAUUAGAAAGCUGCAGAGAAAGACGAAGGCACCAAACCUGGAUCGCCAAAUUAGAGCCAUGAAAUUUUACCUCUUACUCUUCUUGGCGGUUCUAAACGGUGGCAUCUCAACGUAUCGACCCGGGACGCUUGUGCCCUGCAAAAUGAGAAAUCUGGAGGCAUUUUGUCAGAGCGCGGGGCUUCGCCGGGUGCCUCCAGAGCUUCACCCAGACGUCUCCAAAAUCGACCUCUCUGGAAAUAAGAUUCAAAAUAUCACCGAGAGACCCCUGACCUUCUACACUUCUCUCCGACAUUUAGAUGUCAGUUCCAACCUGAUCGGAUUCGUCGAGCCUGGGAUCUUUGCGGAGAUGAAGAAGCUGGAGGACCUCAACUUGGCCAACAACCAGCUCUAUCUGUUGGCUCAGGAAGAUCUGUGGGUUGGGUUACUACCCCAAAUCAGGAAACUCGAUUUGUCUCGCAACAGUCUCUACACUGGCAUGGCGGAACACUUCAUUCACGACGCACCUUCGCUACGAUAUCUGUCCUUGGCGGAGAACAGCAUUAUACACAUCUCCCAAAGCAUGUUCCAGGGUUCUCCAGAGCUGGUUGAAGUCAACUUGCACAACAACAUGAUUAUGGAGAUAGAAGAAGGCGCUUUCGAGGGCCUGGCGCAUCUCUCCAAGCUGAAUCUCUCCAUGAACUCCCUCACUUGCAUCGUUGACUUCAACCUCAAGCAGUUGGACCUUCUGGAUCUCAGUCGGAACAGCAUCGAGUCCUUCCACUCCACCCAAUCGGAGGAGGACUUCAACUUGAUUUGGCUUGACCUGAGUGAGAACAAGCUCCUUCGUUUCCCGGUUCUCCCCCAAGGAAAUAAACUGGCUUAUUUGAACCUAACCAAGAACAUAAUGCAGUUUGUCAUGGUGGAAUCCCAUAGCGACGUAGACUAUCAGUGGGAGGAUGGUCCUCAAUAUUCCAACAAUUCCCAUCCUCCUUACUUGCCUGCCCUGUUAUCCUUGGACCUCAGUUACAAUGAGAUCCAAUCCAUCCCAAGCCAAUUCUUUGACUCCAUGUUUUCCCUCCAAUUCCUUAAUUUAAGCAAAAACUGCCUGCAGAUUUUCAAGACCAGCCACCCGCUGGCCUCGUUGUCCAUUCUUGAUAUUAGCUGCAACUCUUUGAAGGACCUUCAGUUGGACGCCAGCACCCUGAGUGGUUUGCAGGAGUUCCACCUCCAAGACAACCACCUUCAGGAGCUGCAUUCAGAUAUCUUCCAACGUCUCCCACAUCUCCAGUGGCUCGAUCUGAGGAACAACAGGAUCAGCCUCUGUGACUCGCACUCAGGACCAGGAAGGCACCGAUUGUCACCCAAGGUUCCUCCCGGCUGUGUCUCGUUUGCCCACGUCCCCGAACUUCAGUAUUUGUAUCUUUCUGCCAAUCGUUUGAAGACCCUGCCCAUCUUCAGCUUCUUCAGGACUAACCUCAGGAUACUGGAUGUCUCCAUGAAUUGGGGGCUUCAGAUCGAAGCCAAAUCGUUGGUGGGCUUGGAAUUUUCGCUGGAAUAUUUGGAUUUACACGGGAACGGACUGACCACGCUGAACGUGGACUUCCCCCUUUUCCGUCACCUCAGGUAUCUCAAUUUAUCGGACAAUCAGCUUAGCUGGUUGCCCACUUGGUCAGAAGAUUGCUGUGUCCUUGAAAUCUUAGAUCUUCACAACAACAGCUUCAACAGCUUGAAAAAUAGCCAGAUCCCAGCCUUGGAGAAAAACCUACGGAAUCUCUACCUGGUAGGGAACCCGCUCAGUUGUUGCGGGAACAUCUGGCUCUCUCAGAUGAUCCAUAAAGCUGUGGUGGAGAUCCCAGAUCUAGACCUGGUCAAGUGUCAGUUUGCCCGGAGUUUGGGCUUUGAGGAAGAAGAGGUCCACGUGAGUCACGUUAGGCCUGAAGACUGCGAGAGAGAGGACAUCAAGAAAAUGAGCGUCUUGAUUUUGCUGGCGUUCCUGCUGGUUCUCUCGCUGAUCGUCAUCGGAGUGGGUUUGGUCUGUUGUUAUCGGAGACACUUAUUUGGGCGCCAUUAUAAAGUGUAGACCGAGAGGUGUAGGCCUCGUACAGUUGUGUUUCCAUCUCGGGAAGCCGGACAAUACCCUGGAGGGGAUUCAAUUCCUCCGGGGAGUUUUCAAAAGGCUGUGAAAAUUUGGAGGAUGGGAUUGUGAUUCUAUUCUCACAUCCAAGUCAUCAUUCAGGGAGGAUGCUGGUGAGAAACCAUGAGGCCAAGAUCUUACGGAUCUAGAAGAGGGCUUCCCAAGCGGGGCACCUUUAAGAAGAAGAACUUUUAGGUUCUUCUCAAAGAACUCAAGAAGUAGUUUUGAAGAAGAGAUUGGACAACCGUUUGCCUGAGACGGUCUAGGGUCUCCUGCUUGAGCAGGAGGUUGGAUUAGAAGACCUCAAAAGUCCCUUCCAACUAUUACUAC